UCUUCACGGAGAGGGCGAUUGACAAAGUUAACCGGUGCACCAUUGCGUCCUGUAGCUGCCCUUCAUGCCAGCAUCAACUUUGUGCCAACCAAGAUACCGCGGAAGAGGAGACUGCAGAUGAUGGUUGUUGCCGUAUGGUCGAUGUUGUUAGUGAUGUCUUGUUUCGUGUUCCUGAUGCUCUGCUCCAUACCAGUGCUAUGGCCGUUCUUGGCCAUGUACCUCAUCUGGAUUUUUUGUAUAGACAAGAGCCCGUCAUAUGGAAACCGACUCACUCCAUGGUUCCGGUCUCUCAAGGUCUGGCAGUAUUUUGCAGAAUAUUACCCUGCGUCGCUCCUGAAGGAGUGCGACCUACCUUCUGACCGUCCAUACGUGUUCGGGUAUCAUCCUCAUGGUAGUCUCGUUUCCCAUCAGGGUGCACUCGCCACCUUCGCCACCGAAGGCGAGUCCACCGGCUUCUCCCAAGCCUUUCCCGGCAUUAAGCCGCACUUACUUACGCUCACCAAUAAUUUCCACAUUCCUUUAUACCGCGAAGUUAUUCUGGCUCUUGGGAUCAGCAGCGUCUCGAGAGAGUCUUGUUCUAACAUUCUCUCCAGCGGGCCAGUUCAGGCAAUCACUAUCGUGGUUGUGGGUGCUGCUGAGAGCUUGAGCGCACGGCCCGGUACGGCCAAUCUAACAUUGAAGCGCAGAUUGGGUUUUAUCAAGGUUGCGAUCCAGCAUGGAGCGGACCUUGUGCCUGUGUUCUCGUUCGGCGAGAAUGAUAAUCAAAUGCCGAACGAGAAAGGCACCACGAUAUAUGCUCUGCAGAAGAAAUUCCAGAGCAUGUUUGGGUUCACCCUUCCACUCUUUCAUGGACGUGGUCUGCUGAACUGUGAGUCAUAA